UCAUUCAUUUGUGUAUGUGGCAGAAGUGGGUGUUACUCGUAUGUUACAAAAUAAUUUCAUAAACUGUUAGUUUAUUCAUGUAGAUUUUUUUUACAAUAACUUCGCGAUAUUGAAGAUCGCUUGCUAUCUAAUUUGGUUUGCUUAGAUUGAAUAAUAAACAGCAAUCAUGGCUCAAGUAUUACCAAUACGAUUUCAAGAGCAUUUACAGCUCACAAACAUUGGUAUCAAUCCGGCAUCAGUAUCAUUCAACACCUUGACAAUGGAGUCAGACAAAUUUAUCUGUGUUCGGGAGAAAGUUGGUGAUAUUUCUGAGGUGGUUAUAAUUGAUAUGGCCGACCCUACCAACCCUAUACGUAGACCCAUAAGUGCUGAUUCAGCUAUCAUGAAUCCAGCUAGUAAGGUCAUAGCUCUGAAGGGAAAAGCUGGAGUUGAAGCCGCGCAAAAGACCCUGCAAAUAUUUAACAUCGAGAUGAAGUCCAAAAUGAAGGCGCACACCAUGACCGAGGACGUCGUCUUCUGGAAAUGGAUUUCUCCGAAUACCCUCGCGCUCGUCACCAAGAUGUCCGUGUACCAUUGGUCUAUGGAGGGAGACUCGACGCCGGUCAAGAUGUUCGACCGCCAUACAUCGCUCGCCGAGUGCCAGAUUAUCAAUUACAGAACUGAUCCAAAGCAGCAAUGGUUGUUGUUAGUCGGUAUAUCAGCACAACAGAACCGCGUAGUGGGCGCCAUGCAACUGUACUCCGUGGAGCGUAAGUGCUCGCAGCCCAUCGAGGGUCAUGCGGCAUCGUUCGCCACCUUCAAAGCCGAAGGUAACGCUGAGCCUUCCACGCUCUUCUGCUUCGCCGUACGAACUGCUCAAGGCGGGAAACUGCAUAUUAUUGAGGUCGGUCAAACCCCGGCUGGGAAUCAGCCAUUCCCUAAGAAGGCUGUGGACGUUUUCUUCCCCGCUGAAGCGCAGAACGACUUCCCGGUUGCCAUGCAAGUGUCCCCCAAGUACGACGUGAUCUACCUGAUCACCAAGUACGGCUACAUACACAUGUACGACAUCGAGACUGGGACGUGCAUCUAUAUGAACAGAAUCUCUUCUGACACCAUAUUCGUGACGGCUCCACAUGAGUCCACCGGCGGGAUUAUUGGUGUAAACCGAAAGGGUCAAGUGCUGUCAGUGACAGUGGAAGAGAACUCCAUAGUGCCAUACAUCAACACAGUGCUGCAGAACCCAGAGCUAGCACUGCGCAUGGCUGUGAGAAACAAUUUAGCCGGAGCUGAGGAAUUGUUUGUGAGGAAGUUUAACAUGCUGUUUACUAAUGGACAAUAUGGAGAGGCUGCUAAGGUUGCAGCGAUGGCUCCACGUGGCAUUUUACGCACGCCACAGACGAUACAGCAGUUCCAGCAGGUGCCCACCCAGCCCGGACAAACAUCUCCAUUGCUGCAGUACUUCGGUAUCCUGCUGGACCAGGCUCAGCUCAACAAGUUUGAGUCACUCGAGUUGUGCAGACCUGUCCUCUUGCAAGGACGAAAGCAACUCCUCGAGAAAUGGCUGAAGGAGGAUAAGCUGGAGAGUUCGGAGGAGCUGGGUGACCUCGUGAAGCAGGUGGACCCAACCCUCGCGUUGUCUGUGUACCUUCGCGCUAACAUCGCCAGUAAAGUGAUACAGUCGUUUGCCGAAACGGGCCAGUUCCAGAAGAUUGUACUUUACGCUAAGAAGGUCGGCUACUCGCCAGAUUACAUCUUCCUGCUGCGCUCCGUGAUGCGCACGAGUCCCGAGCAAGGCGCUGGUUUCGCCGGGAUGCUUGUCGCCGAGGACCCCCCUCUCGCCGACAUCAACCAGAUCGUGGACGUGUUCAUGGAACAGAACAUGGUGCAGCAAUGUACCGCCUUCCUCCUCGACGCUCUCAAGAACAACCGACCUGAGGAAGGUCCCCUCCAGACACGGCUAUUGGAGAUGAACCUGAUGUCGGCGCCUCAAGUGGCGGACGCGAUCCUCGGCAACGGCAUGUUCACUCACUACGACCGCGCGCACGUGGCGCAGCUCUGUGAGAAGGCGGGCCUGCUGCAGCGUGCGCUCGAGCACUACACCGACCUGUACGACAUCAAGCGGGCCGUGGUGCAUACACAUUUGUUGUCGGCAGACUGGCUCGUAAACUAUUUCGGAACAUUGUCUGUAGAAGAUUCACUUGAGUGUUUGAAGGCGAUGCUGCAGGCCAACAUCCGCCAGAACCUACAAAUAUGUGUUCAGAUCGCCAACAAAUACCACGAGCAGCUCACAACAAAAGCACUCAUUGAAAUGUUCGAGAGUUUCAAAACUUACGAGGGACUGUUCUACUUCCUCGGCUCGAUCGUGAACUUCAGUCAAGAUUCAGAGGUUCACUUCAAGUACAUUCAGGCCGCCUGUAAGACCGGCCAGAUCAAGGAGGUGGAGCGCAUCUGCCGCGAAUCCAACUGCUACAACGCGGAGCGAGUGAAAAACUUCCUGAAGGAGGCCAAGUUACCUGACCAGUUGCCGCUCAUCAUUGUGUGUGACCGCUUCGACUUCGUGCACGAUCUGGUGCUCUAUCUGUACCGGAACAGUUUGCAGAAGUACAUUGAGAUUUAUGUGCAGAAGGUGAACCCAUCACGUCUGCCGGUGGUUGUGGGUGGGUUGUUGGACGUGGACUGUGCAGAAGACAUUAUCAAAAAUUUAAUUCUAGUUGUCCGGGGACAGUUUUCUACUGAUGAGCUUGUCGCAGAAGUUGAAAAAAGAAAUCGAUUGAAGCUUCUGCUACCGUGGCUGGAGAGCCGCGUGCACGAGGGCUGCAACGAGCCGGCCACACACAACGCACUCGCUAAGAUAUACAUCGACUCCAACAACAACCCGGAGAGGUUCCUCAAGGAGAACCAAUGGUACGAGUCCCGCGUGGUGGGCCGCUACUGCGAGAAGCGCGACCCGCACCUGGCGUGCGUGGCCUACGAGCGCGGGCAGUGCGACCGCGAGCUGAUCGCCGUGUGCAACGACAACUCGCUGUUCAAGACGCAGGCGCGCUACCUGGUGCGGCGCCGCGACCAGGACCUGUGGCUCGAGGUGCUGGCCGAGUCCAACCCCUUCAAGAGGCAGCUCAUUGACCAGGUUGUACAGACAGCCCUGUCGGAGACUCAAGACCCAGAAGAUAUAUCAGUGACAGUGAAGGCAUUCAUGACAGCGGACUUGCCGAACGAACUUAUUGAAUUGUUGGAGAAGAUUGUAUUGGACAGUUCAGUUUUCUCCGACCACAGAAACCUCCAGAACCUACUUAUACUUACAGCCAUAAAGGCGGACCGAUCCCGUGUGAUGGAGUACAUCAACCGGCUGGACAAUUAUGACGCGCCCGAUAUCGCCAACAUAGCCAUCAACAACGAACUCUACGAGGAAGCUUUCGCUAUAUUCAAGAAGUUCGAUGUCAACACAUCUGCAAUACAAGUGUUGAUCGAACAAGUGAAGGACCUGAAGCGUGCGUACGAGUUCGCCGAGCGCUGCAACGAGCCGGGCGUCUGGUCGCAGCUCGCGAAGGCUCAGCUGCAGCAGGGGCUGGUGAAGGAGGCCAUCGACUCGUACAUCAAGGCGGACGACCCCUCCGCCUACAUGGACGUGGUGGCUACUGCCAGCGCGCAGCACUCCUGGGAGGACCUCGUGCGGUACCUGCAGAUGGCCCGCAAGAAGGCCCGCGAGUCGUACAUCGAGUCGGAGUUGAUCUACGCGUACGCGCGCACCGGGCGCCUGGCCGACCUCGAGGAGUUCGUGUCGGGCCCCAACCACGCCGACAUCCAGAAGAUCGGCGACCGCUGCUUCGACGACGGCAUGUACAGCGCCGCCAAGCUGCUCUACAACAACGUCAGUAACUUCGCGAGGCUGGCCAUCACGCUCGUCCAUCUCAAGGAGUUCCAGGGUGCGGUGGACAGCGCCCGUAAGGCCAACUCGACACGCACCUGGAAGGAAGUGUGCUUCGCUUGUGUGGACGCGGGCGAGUUCCGACUGGCUCAGAUGUGCGGCCUACACAUUGUGGUGCACGCCGAUGAGCUCGAGGACCUCAUCAACUAUUACCAGGAUCGCGGUCACUUCGACGAACUGAUCAGCCUGCUGGAGGCGGCGUUGGGCCUGGAGCGUGCUCACAUGGGCAUGUUCACGGAGCUGGCCAUCCUCUACUCCAAGUACAAGCCGGCCAAGAUGAGGGAACAUUUGGAACUGUUCUGGUCUAGAGUCAAUAUUCCUAAGGUGCUUCGUGCGGCGGAACAUGCUCACCUGUGGUCGGAGCUGGUGUUCCUGUACGACAAAUACGAGGAGUACGACAACGCAGCUCUCACCAUGAUGCAGCACCCCAGCGAGGCCUGGCGGGAGGGACACUUCAAGGACAUCAUUACUAAAGUGGCUAAUAUGGAGUUGUACUACAAGGCCAUUCAAUUCUACUUGGACUUCAAACCACUGCUUCUGAACGACCUCUUGUUGGUGCUCGCUCCUCGCAUGGAUCACACUCGUGCUGUCAGUUUCUUCACGAAGGCUGGUCACUUGCAGCUCGUUAAGGCCUACCUCAGAUCUGUGCAGAGCCUCAACAACAAAGCCGUCAAUGAAGCUCUCAACUCACUGCUGAUAGAUGAGGAGGAUUAUCAGGGCUUACGCACGUCCAUCGACGCGUUCGACAACUUUGACACGAUAGCACUGGCUCAACAGUUGGAGAAACAUGAGCUCACCGAGUUUAGAAGAAUUGCUGCCUAUCUCUACAAAGGCAACAACAGGUGGAAGCAGAGCGUGGAGCUGUGCAAGAAGGACGCGUUGUACGCCGACGCCAUGGAGUACGCGGCCGAGUCGCGGCAGCCCGAGGUGGCCGAGGAACUGCUGGACUGGUUCCUGGAGCGAGACAACUACGAGUGCUUCUCCGCCUGCCUCUACCAGUGUUAUGACCUCCUGAAACCGGAUGUAGUCAUUGAGUUAGCAUGGAGGCACAAUAUCAUGGACUUCGCAAUGCCAUUCCUCAUUCAGACGGUCCGCGAGCUGACCACCAAGGUGCAGAAACUGGAGGAGGCGGACACCAAGCGCAGCACGGAGAGCGCGGAACACGAGGCCAAGCCGGCCAUGAUGAUGGAGCCACAACUCAUGCUCACUGCUGGCCCGUCAUUGGCGUACCCCGUAGUACCGGGAGUGCCCCAAGCGCCGUCGCCGUACGCGUACGCGGCGCAGGCUCCGUCGCCGGCGCCCUACCACGGGUACGGCAUGUAGGGCUCCGCCCCGAGCUGGGGUUCCUACGCUCGCUUCUGAGCUGGCUCAGCCCGGCUCACAUAAUGAUGACUCACACUCACAUUCACAACUUGUCUUUUAUUGUAAAGUACUGAUGUGACGUACACAAAAUAUAAAUAACCAUUGGAAGAAACUACACGUCCCAAGCAAGAUAAUUUAUUUGUGCUUUACAAAAAGAGACAAGUGUAGUUGUGGUGAAGUGGCAUGUGGAUACUCAGUGAUUACAGUGUUUUAGUGUCAGUUAUUACAUAGCAAGUGCUGUAGUUAUCCACUUGUAAGUAUUGAAAAUGAAGAAGUUUUAACUACUCUUUAUGUAACAAGUGACAUAGCAGCUAAUUCUUAUAUGAAUAUAGAUAUAUUUGCUGCAAAUAUAUAAAAAUAUAAAUUUUGCCUUUGUGCAAUAAUAAUUUAUGCACAGGGGUAUAUAUAUAUUAUUUGGAUGAAAAUCAGAAAUGUGCAGAAAUCUUAUAAAUUUAGAGAUUGUGACGGGCUGGUUAUUUCGCAGUGUUAUUACAUUAUAUUGUGAUAGUUGGCAACAUCAAUAUUGCUUCAUUGUUAUCUGGCAACCCUAUAUUGAAAGUAAUUUAACAUUUAUGUAGAUAGCUCCUACUUUAAGCAGAGUUAAAUCUUCAUAGUUGCUGUUAAUGUUAAGAAAAUUACAAUUUUAAUGUCUGUAUAAUCUUAUAAAAUGUUAUUUAAAUUUAUCAAUGUACAUGGAGUGGCCUAAUUGAAUACCACAAUAACAAUUGACAUUAUACCUUGUUCAAUAUUUGAUUUGAUUUAAUUGUCAGUUUGUACUUUAUAACUAUGAAAGUUAGCAUAGUUAUAAAAAUUGCUAUAAUAACAUAUAAUCAUUAUUAUUUAUUUAUCAUGUUCAUCUUCAAACAAGUAUUUUGAAUUUACAUUUAACGUUUAAUAGCCAAUACAAGCAGUGACUCAUUAAUUAAUAUUGUGUGUGGUUGUAUAUUAUCCUCUCGAGGUGGAGCCCCAUUUAUUAAAAUAAAUAAUAUAGAAAUAGCCUCUGAUGUGAGCAAAAAUAAGGUUAUUACUGAUAUCUAUAAUAGAAUUUUUUUUAUUAAUGUAAAGUUGAGAAAUUAUUUCAAAAGUUGAAUUUCUUGUUAUUAUAUGUAUAUAAUGCUUUCAAAGUAGAUGUUGAUGCGAGUUUUUAUGAAGAAAAUAAAAUUUAUCAGGCAUAUGGUAAAUGAGAAGUAAUUAAUAUAGUUCUAGUUUAGGUGAAAAAGUUUGCGGCGAGUUAUUUGUAGCAUUUGUUUUUAUUAUGUUUAGCUGUGUGAGUAUUGUUGCACACACACACUGCAUCUUCAAUUGUAGAACAAGUUUGCUUUUGGAAUGCAAUGGAGAUUAGAGAUGGUAAUUAGUGAUUUAUUGAGAUUUAAUAUUUAAUAAAUAUGAAUGAAUAAAGCAAUUCAGCCAAUCACUGGUGGUGCUGUGAGAGCAAGGCGUACAAAAGUCCGACCCACCCCAUGCGCUUUGAUUUAGAACACGAUAAUUCAAAAUAUAACAGUUUAAAAACUACUUUUAAGUCAUAUUGACAAGAAUGUUAGGUUUAACUAAACAUGUGGCAUGAGAACGUAAUGCUUUACAAUAGAUCCAACCCCCUUAUUCAUAAUGGUCUGCUAACAUAAAACAGCUGCUACAGAGUGUUAUUUUUCAUUCCGACUUAGGUCAACAGAAGAAACAGAGUGAGAAUUAGUAAUGCUUUAAGUUAGCAGACUAUUAUGGAUCCCCUGUAAGGGGAUACAAUACCUGGUAUGAAUGUGUUUAUAUAUUUCGAGUCAUGUGUUGGCAAGUUUAUUUGACUUUAUAAGGUCAGCAACACCCUUGAGAUCCCUCUGGUGUUUCAAGACAGUAUAUGUCGCGUCGAUCACGAAGGUUUGAGUGAACCAUGUAACAUCGUGUUAUUUGUGAUUGUAUGUGUGAUGUUUAUGAAUCCAACCUUCAAACAGUAUGAAAGCUUAAUCGUGUUCUAAAUUAAAAGUGAUGUGGUGAGCCAACGUAUUUGAUAUUACAUGCAAGUAUACUUUGAUAAUAUACUUUGCGUUCAUGUUCAUUGUUAAUCAUUUGAAUCAUUCCUAUUACUAAAGUUAUUCAAGAUAAACCAUUGUUUGUAAUAGUUAUCAAUUUAACUUAAUACAAUGAAUUCAUAGUUAUUAUUAGUAUUGUAUUUAUUCGUGUAUAAUAAUGUUUCCUUGAAUUCUAUUAUAGUAAUAAUAAUUUAAUAUACUACA